AAAACCUACAGGCGUUCAGAGUGUGGCGUUGUGUGAGUGGGGGCUGGACACUGAAUGGAGCCGAAGGGAUUUUUUUUUUUUCAAAAAAUAAAAAGUUAUUUCAGUGGUUACCGGCCCCAUGGCGGUUUGUAGGUAGUGUGUUUUCUUGUUGUUUUUCUUUUUCUUUUUUUUAACCUUUGUUAUGGAGUUACAAUGGGAUAUCGUAGGGAUAAACAGCGACAUUUGAAGGAUUUCCCUUAAAAAGCAACUCAUUCAUGGAGCCGCAGGAGUGAAGGAUCAUGAGUACAGGUAUGAAGAAGCCACCGGUUGCCCCCAAACCCAGGCUGUUGGCAUCUCAGAAGCCAGCUCCACCUCCAAUCGCACCUAAACCUGAGAUCCUACUUCCUUCUCCAUCUCCUUCUGCACCAAAACGGGGGAAACCUGCUCUAGCCCCUAAACCAUGCCUGGACAAAAUCAGCCCCAAAGCUGUCCAGUCAUCUCUCUCAAUCAGCACUGGCAAAUCUGAGGGCGUCCCCACGUCCAAAAACGGGGGCCUCUCACAUUAUAUCAUACCACCCAAGAGUCACCAUAUGGGCAACUGCAAAACGAGGGGAUCUGAAGAGACAAGCGAAACAACAGAGUAUGAUGUGGGAAAAAAGCGAGGCAGUCCAAUAGAGGAGCUUGGCUGCAACAGUACAAAGGACCAAGUGACUUUACUCAGACAAGAUGUGCAAAACCACAUUCCCGCACACUCCCCAAACACUCUUCCAGAUGCAAAGGAAGAUACACACACAGCUGUGCUUGUCAAGGAUCACAUGUACACACAACCAGAGUUACACACUCCAACAGAAGAAACCUUCCAGGAACAAGAGCAACUUGCUGAGCAGGCUUCACACAUGCAGUGUUUAACCUCUAAUGACACACAUAAAAAUGUUUCUGUGCCUACACCUCCUAGUAAGCCACUUCCUGUGCCUCAGCCUCGCCGUCCACGAAGAAAUGUGCUUCUCCGCCAGAAGGUGGCGGUGGAGUAUCCACCCGAAACAGAGACAUACCUCCCUGCGCACCUUCAAACGCAGGUGACACACUCAGAAGACCAGCAUUCUUCACCAGAAGUUCCAGAGGAUGCUUUAUCAUCCAGCAGUUCUCCUGCAAACACUUCUCCAGACUCACACACAGGCUCCACCCACAUUACAGACUCCACCCACAACACACACUCUAUCUGUAAUACACACAACGGUGGUAAUGUGACACACCCAGAGACUGCCUGCUAUUCAGAUCCAGCCUCUAGUGAAUUGUCUGUUUCCACAGAGGAGGAGGAGCAACAGCCACCAGCCCCACCCCCUCGACAAAAGUCCCUCCUACAAAAAGGCAGUAACAAUUACAAAACGUCAACUUCCCUGGACAACCUGCUUCUUACGGAGCAUGCAGACUCUGAGCUGUUCGAUGAGAAGCUCGACAAGGAAGAGGAGGAGGAUGAUGAAGAUGAAGACGGUGCAUAUGGCGAUUUUGCUCGUUGUCCAUUCACCAGGAGUUUACCCAAACAAAUUAGACUCAACCGCAGUCCUCAGGUGGCGACUGUAGCCAAGGCAUCUUCAGCAGAGGAGAGCUCCCCAAAGAUUGUUCCCAAGAAGCCGCAGAGACACAGUCUACCCGCGUCUGCACUGUUGAGGAAACAAAAUACGCCACCGCAAACGCCUAUUCCAGCCCCGCCCCCUGUUUUUGGAGCCCUUCCCGCCCCUCCCAACGAGAAACCCUCAUCAUGGCGCAUCACUUUCUCAGGAAUCCCUCUGUUUGGUAAGCAGCUAUCUCAAAGUGCUAGCCAAUCACAGACCUGCGAUGGAAAGAGGCCGAGGUCAGUGCUGGUCAAGCAGAGGGCGAGGUCAUUUUCCUCAGCUGAUCUCCUGCGCGUGGACUCGGGUGCCAGUGUGCAGAAACAGCGCAGCCUGAUGAAACUUCUUGAAGUGCGCGUCAAGCUGUUUCCGAAGCUGCUGCGUGGUGGGACAUCUCUGGAUUGCACUACCACAGAUACAGAGUGUGACAUACACACUGCGGCCAACACUGAGGUCACAACCGCCAGUGAGGAGGUCACUCAGCAUGAUGGAGAAGGGGAUUGUGGGGUAGAAUAUGAAAAUGUUCCCCUCUAUGAAGAGAUUCCUGAGUACAUGAACCUGCCCUGGGUCUAUUCCAGUCAGAAUACGGAUAGUGGAGUAUAUGAAGUGCAGGAUCCUUAUGAAAUGAGCAGGCCUCAUUUGGCUGGUGACCUGUCAGAGGAAGAGGAGGGGCUAAGCUCGAAUGAGGAGGACGACAAUAGCUCCACCUCCAGCAAGGACGAAAUGGACCAAUCAAGAGACAAAGAGGAGGUCGAGAAAGCAAAAAGGAAUAAAGUGGUUCACAUUGCCAAGGAGAUCAUGAGCUCAGAGAAAGUAUUUGUGGACGUUCUGAAGUUGCUGCACAUUGACUUCCGGGAUGCGGUUGCCAAAGCGACUCGUGCCAGUGGGAAGCCUGUGGUGGAGGAGCGGGUGCUGAAUCAGAUCCUCUACUACCUGCCUCAGCUCUACGAGCUCAACAAGGACCUGCUGAGAGAGCUGGAGGAGAGAGUCGCACACUGGUCGGAUCACCAGAGGCUGGCUGACAUCUUUGUGCAGAAGGGACCGUAUCUGAAGAUGUACUCUACAUACAUCCGAGAGUUCGAUCGCAACGUGGCUCUGUUGGACGACCAGUGCCGCAAGAACCCUUCUUUCGCCACUGUUGUACGUCAGUUUGAGACGAGUCCUCGUUGUGCCAGUCUGGCUUUAAAGCAUUACCUACUGAAACCAGUGCAGCGGAUUCCACAGUACCGACUCCUGCUGACAGAUUAUUUGAAAAAUCUUCCUGAAGACUCAUCUGACUACAAGGACACACAAACUGCCCUUGGGGUGGUGAAGGAAGUUGCGAAUCACGCCAAUGACAUCAUGAAACAAGGGGACAACUUCCAGAAGUUAAUGCAGGUUCAGUGCAGUUUGAACGGGCAUCAUGAAAUUGUGCAGCCUGGAAGGGUGUUUCUGAAGGAGGGCACGCUGAUGAAACUAUCCAGGAAGGUCAUGCAGCCCAGAAUGUUCUUCCUGUUUAAUGACAUCCUGCUGUACACCACUCCUGUACAAUCUGGCCAGUAUAAAGUAAACAGCAUGCUGUCUCUGGCUGGUAUGAAGGUAAGCAAGCCCAGUCAGGAGGCUUAUCAAAACGAACUGAACAUUGAGAGUGUGGAACGUUCUUUCAUCCUGUCUGCCAGCUCAGCCACAGAGAGAGACGAGUGGCUAGAAGCCAUCGACACAGCAAUAGACGAUUACACAAGGAAAAAGAUCUCAUUUAUCUCCAGCCGAAGCCAAGAGUCUGAGGAAGUACCUGCUGAUGGUUCUCCACUGGGUUCUAAAGCUCCUAUCUGGAUCCCAGACCUGCGCACCACCAUGUGUAUGAUCUGUACCUGCGAGUUCACCCUCACCUGGAGACGCCACCACUGCCGGGCCUGCGGCAAGGUUGUGUGCCAGGCGUGUUCAUCAAACAAAUAUUAUCUGGAGUACCUGAAGAAUCAGCUAGCGCGAGUGUGUGAUCAGUGUUAUGUCAAACUACAGCAGAAGGAUAAAGGUGAGCAGUCCGAGGUGGCUGUUUCACCCAGCGGCCGCAGCUCAGCGUUCUCCUUCUCUAGAAAACAAAAGAAGAUUCCCUCAGCACUGAAAGAGGUUUCUGCUAACACUGAGAAUUCCUCUAUGAGUGGCUAUCUACAAAGAUCGAAAGGCUACAAGAAGCCGUGGAAGCGGCUGUGGUUCGUCAUCAAGAACAAAGUCCUUUACACGUACGCUGCUAGUGAGGAUGUCGCAGCACUGGAGAGCCAGCCGCUGCUGGGCUUUUUCCUGAGGGAAGAGAAGUCUGGACCGGCAGAGAAGCUGCAGUUUAAACUCUAUCACAAGAACAUACUGUAUUACAUCUUCCGAGCGGAUGAUAUCCCUACAGCUCAGAGGUGGAUUGAGGCGUUUCAGGAGGCCAUGAUUCUUUGACUAAUGUGGAUCCAAAUAGUUUAUUAGAACUCUUUUUUUUUUCUGGCCUGCAGCAGUAAAGUGAGGAACAGAGCCUGAGCUCAGAAGACUCAGAAUUAAAGUGUUAAAACAAGUGUGGGGAAAAAAGGAUGCGGAAUAAGCAACCUAGCAAAGGAUCGUAUCUUCCAGCUGUCCUCCUUUGAUUCCUUUCUCAACAGCAAAAUCAAACAAGUGUUUGAGAUCACUGAGGUUGUGCACAAGUGACUGGAAAUACCAGGACUGUCAGAAAGCCAAGACCAUUAACCUUGUGUUACUCAGCAUGAGUUGGAUUCUGCCUCACAUUGAAAUCCUACUGGAUGUGUGUGUGUGUGUGUGUGCGCACACCAAAUGAGUCAAAUGGAUAUGUAGGUCAAAGGAUUAAAUGAGAUUUUACAUUAAAGAUACCAGAAAUUAGCCAGAUCCUGUGACUUUAAACAAAGCUCUGCACACUGUCCAGACAUUGGACAUGUCAUGAACAUCCAGUGUGACGUUCUGGGAAUGUGAGGAAGGCUGUAAGUGUGAAGUGUGUGUCAGAAAGAUAAAAAAAAAAAAAAGGUCACGUUUGAUCAUGGGUCAAAUGUGGACGUGCACAAGCAAGUGUGACUAUUCAGUGCCUUUAGUUCUGUGUCGAAGAGUAAAAAUGUUUGUGUGUGCAAUGGUGCAUCAUGGGAGAUGUAGGAUACCACUGUAAAAGCCAGUAGUGUUUUUUUUUUUUUUUAAUUAUUAUUAUUAUUUUUAGAAGCCUUAAACAGAAAGAAGCCACAUUUUUAUUUUAUGUUUAGCCUUUUUAAACAACUUUUUAUCUUUGCUUUGUAUAGGACUGACAGUAAAAAAAAAAAAAAUUUAAAUACGAUACUGGGAAUAACUGGAUGUAUGUGUAAAUAUACUGUAUAUGGUAAUAUAAUGCAGGUUUAAUGCAGGUCUAUUUAUAACAAUUCAAGAUUGUUAAUCUCCUCAAAUGAAUUUAAUGAUUUUGUAAUUUAACAUGUCAGGUUUUUAGCGAGCUAAGAACUGUGUAAUGUCACUGCGUGAUACCGAGCAUAGCCUUCUGAGAUGUCAGCAGCACACUCAGAGAAAACACUGUGCACCUUGUGCCAUUUUGUCAUUACAGUGAAAUCAUGUUAGUGAUUUAACUCUCACUGUUCUACACUAUUACCCAGGUUAGUUGGAAAAGUGUCAUGUGAACAAAAUCAGGAUGAUUUUUUGCAAUCUGACAUCUUAUGAUGUUCAUUCUGGUGUUGUGACAUUACAGUGGAUUGAUGUUUUUAUUUGACAGGACAAAAUGCACAAGCACACUGCACACUGAAGUUUUCUGAUUAAACCUGCUGUGUAGUCACUCAUCCCUAAGCUAACAGGUCAGGGUUGCUUUUUCUGUUUUCCUCACAACUGACUUUUGAUUAUGUUGUAACACUCAAGCAACCAUUUGAAAACACUCCAGGGAACUAUUGUGCUCAGUAUGUCAGCUAUAAAUGUUAAUUACCAGAGGUAAUAAAUCAUUUUAAGCAGCAA